UGUUCAUAGCGAACCUACAAAAAUGGAUACCCUGGAUACCCAAGUAGCGCCCUUUCUCCUUCUCCUCCUCUUCCUCUUCACCAUUUUGGUAUCUGGUACUGAAUCAGCAUUGUGCCCCUUUGAUCUCAACUACGUUGACACCUUAACAUGGGACACAUCAACAUGCAGAGACCCAAUAGACACACAACACUGCUGCCAAACCCUUCUGAGUCUUAUCGGCAUUGGACUAUCUCAGCACCUCAAACAAACCUCCCAGUUCCAACUACAGGAUAACAAUACUUCCGCAUCUUGCUUAUCCGAAUUCAGAUCCAAGCUUUCACCCUUAUCGCUGAACACAUCUAUGGUGUCCACAUGCUUCCAGAACUCGGAUUUCGUCUCGAAUUCUUCGAGUUGUGCGGGGAUUGAGAACAUCCAAGAUUGGAAGCAGAAGGUGGGGUUAAUCUCCCCACUGGACACUUCUUGCAGUGGCGACAUGAAUGGCCAAACGCAGUGCAGCAUUUGCACGGAUGCGGGAUUCAAGGUCACUGCAGACUUGAACCAAAAGGACCCAAAUUCGACCAAAUGCUUCUACUUCACAAUCUUGUAUGCUGCUGGUGUUGUUAACCAGUUUGGUCCAAGCAAUUUGGGCACGGCUUCUUGCAUUCUGGGCUUGCCACUGUCGACGAAGAAAGGGUCGUGGAACAAGGAACAAGUUUUGAAAUUGGUUUUUGGAAUAUUGGGUGCUCUUGGUGGUGUUAUUCUCACCUCGGUUCUGAUUGUUUUGUUUAGAAAGUGGGAUAGGAGGAGGAGGGAGAACCUUUAUCACAGGUCAAUCGAAAACAGCGUUAGGAACAGCGUUUUGCCUAAUGCGGGGGCGAAAUGGUUUCAUAUUUCAGAGCUUGAACGAGCCACGAACAAGUUUUCACAGAGGAAUAUGAUUGGUCAAGGUGGUGAUGGGGUAGUGUACAAGGGGACUCUUUCAGACGGCACUUUGGUUGCGGUUAAAGAGAUUCUGAACUUGGAAAGCAAAGGGGAUGAGGAGUUUUGCUAUGAGGUAGAUAUCAUAAGCAAAAUAAAGCAUAGAAAUCUUCUUGCUCUUCGGGGUUGUUGCGUUACGAGCGAUAACUUGAAAGGUAAAAGGAGGUUUCUGGUUUAUGAUUAUAUGCCUAAUGACAGCCUCAGUUACCAAUUGUCCAUUGCUGGUGCUAAUAGGCUAACAUGGCCACAGAGGAAGAGCAUAAUUCUUGAUGUGGCUAAGGGGCUUGCUUAUUUGCAUUACGAAAUCAAACCCCCUAUUUAUCACCGCGACAUUAAAGCGACCAACAUACUUCUUGAUAGCAAGAUGAAAGCAAAAGUGGCAGAUUUCGGAUUAGCAAAACAGGGCAGUGAAGGCCAGUCUCACCUCACAACAAGGGUGGCUGGCACAUACGGUUAUCUAGCGCCAGAGUACGCGCUAUACGGCCAACUAACAGAGAAGAGUGAUGUGUAUAGUUUUGGAAUUGUGAUCUUAGAGAUCAUGAGUGGGAGGAAGGUACUAGACACGACGAAUUCGAAUUCAAACGUGGUCUUGAUCACGGAUUGGGCGUGGACGCUCGCGAAAUCAGGUCUGACGAAGGAGAUUCUUGAUGAGUCAAUAAGGGGAGAAGGGCCAGAGAAGAUCAUGGAAAGGUUUGUUCUUGUUGGGAUUCUUUGUGGUCAUGCAAUGGUUGCGCUUAGGCCUACCAUUGCUGAGGCAAUGAAGAUGUUGGAGGGUGAUAUUGACAUUCCUGAGUUGCCAGACAGGCCGGUACCACUUGGUCAUGAGUCGUUUCGAUCUUCUCUUCUCUUUGGAUUGCAAAGAAGCGGAAGGUCCAUGCCAUAUUUCUCAUCUUAUGAAACAAAUGUGACUACGAGCACAAUGUAGGGAUAACCACGUGGAUUUACUACGUUGACUUGGCCAUUCCCUUGAUUAAAAUGAUUGUGGCAUACGCUUAAGUCGAUGACUCACGAGCAAGAUUUAGAAAGAUAUGUAGAUUUAAGAUUUACACUCAAUUAAAAAUAUGUAGCUUUAGGAUAACAAAUUUCAGUCAAAAAUCGAUAUGUGAAAACUCAAAUUAGCCUUUAAAACACGUGCCACGAAUAUGUUGAUUUUUUCUUUUCGAUUUCUUAUCCCUUUUGUGUAUAUUUGUAAUAUGAUUACAUAUUAUACUAGUGUGCCUCUUGGGCUUCGGCUGGAUUCUAUGGUCAUUCUAAUUUGUUAUA